UGCCUGCUCAGAACAGAGCAGACGUAAACAAAUCUUUCGUAAAAUCACCGAUGGCAACUGCUGUCCUGUUCGGGUCUCUGCGGGUUCCUGUAAUACAUGGAUGGGUGAAGGCUGACGGAGGUUCGAUCAGCAUGACCUUCGCGCUGAUCGGUGAUCGAUUCUGCGCAGGCCCGGUUCAUCUUUAAGGAGCCUACAGUUGAUUUUAGAGAACAAACACGGGCAUCAUGAAGGAAGUGGAUUGUGUUCAGCAGCGAAACACAGACAGUCUGCAGACUGGAGGGCAGCAGCUGCAGCAGCACGAUGAUGAUGCUUUAAACCAACCUGUGUCUUCUGCCGAAGUCCAGCAGCUGUUUGUAGUUAAAGAAGAAAUUCCUCCUGAAUGGUCUCCCAGUUUGGACCAGCAGGAUCGAGAGCUGCUCCACAUAAAGGAGGAAGAGGAAGAAAUCUGGACCAGUCAUGAGGGAGGACCGCAUAAUGGGCAGGAGGAGGCUGAAAUCACAGGUGUCCUGUUCACUGCUGUUCCUGUGAAGAGUGAAGAUGAUGAAGAGAAACCUGAGUCUUCAGAUAUUCAUCAGAGCCAACCUGGAAACUGCACAGAGGCAGAAUCUCCGAGCAGCUGCUCAGCUGAAAAGAUAAAAGCUGAAGCUGGUGCAGAGGACUGUGGAGGACCAGAAUCAACCAAUGGCACAGACUUAAAAAGUAAUUUACAACCAAAAACUGAUGAAAAAACUUCAGACUCCUCUGAGACAGAAGUCAGUAAUAAUGAUGAUGAAGAUUGGCAGGAACCUUUGUCAGAUUAUGCACCUGAAACUGAAGACAGUGAUAACAGCUGGAAGGAGAGCAGUGCACUCGGGAGUGAAGUUUGUGAUGGAAAAUGUAGCCAGUCUGAAAAUCUAAAGGGACACAGGAGAGAUCAUACAGGACAGAAGGCAUUUUGUUGUGGCGUUUGUGGUAAAAGAUUCACCCGACAAGGGGAUCUAAAGAGACACCUGAGGGUCCACACGGGAGAGAAGCCAUUUGAUUGCAGUUUUUGUGGCAAAAGAUUUAAACAGCAGGGGGUUCUUAAGAGUCAUAUGAGAAUUCACACUGGAGAAAAGCCCUUUGCUUGCGAUGUUUGUGGAAAAAGAUUUAUCCAUCAGUCAAAUCUCAAGUCACACACCAGAGUUCACACGGGAGAGAAACCAUUUAGUUGUAGCAUUUGUGGUAAACAUUUUACAGAACAGGGGAGUUUGAAGAGGCACAGAGGAAUCCACACAGGACAGAAGCCCUUUGGAUGUGGCAUUUGUGGGAAAACAUUUAGCCGGAAGACACAUUUUAAUAUACACAUGACCGUCCACACGGGAGAAAAACCAUUUGACUGUGGAUUUUGUGGUAAAAAGUUUAGCCAGAAGACACACUUUAAGAUCCACAUCAGAGUCCACACUGGAGAGAAGCCCUUCAGUUGUGAUGCCUGUGGAAAAAAAUUUAGACUUCAGUAUAAUCUUAAAAGACACAUGAGAGUCCACUCGGGAGAAAAACCAUUUGGCUGUGAUGUUUGUGGUGAAAGAUUUACAGAGCAGGGGAGUCUUAAACGGCACAGCGGAGUUCACACUGGAGAGAAACCAUUUUGCUGUGACGACUGUGGUAAAACAUUCAGUCGAAAUACGCAUCUUAAGAGACACAUGCGGGUCCACACGGGAGAGAGGCCUUUUGGUUGUGACAUUUGUGGUGAAAAAUUUACCGAGCAGGGGGUUCUGAAGAGUCACAUGAGAGUUCACACAGGAGAGAAGCCAUUCGGGUGUGACGUUUGUGGGAAGAGAUUUAGACAUCAGUAUACACUUAAAAGACACACGGGUGUUCACACAGGGGAGAAACCGUUCUCCUGUGGUGUUUGUGGCGAAAGAUUUACGAGACAGGGGAAUCUAAAGAGACACAUGCGUAUUCACACAUAAUAAUCUGCACUUCCAUGCUUGUAAAAUCAGCAACUGUAUCAGUAAGAAGUACGUGAUUUCAUUGUAUUUGUAAACUUUUUUAUGUGUGUAUUUUAAAGUUUAUAAUAAAAAAAGAACUUACCCAGGAUGGUGGGUAUUUAUGA